GCCUGAUCCGUGGCUGGUUUGACAUAUUAUCGCGACAAUUUAGUCGGCUAGAAAUUUUCUAAAUAAAAUUGUUCGAAAAAACUGCUGGUAUGAGUACUCUAGAUAUGCAUGAUCUUAAAAAAUUGGCGAGGGAAGAACUCCAACUAAAGUUCAGUGAUACUUAUCCCAAAAUUUUAGUUGUCGAUAAUGCUCUCCUUCGCCCGUUAGAUAAACUAUUUGGUAAUAGUUUUAUUCGGGAAACUGCAAGAUUGAAGAGGUUAUAUACCCUAGACUCCAUGGAAGAUAAGCUAUUUGAUGCACAGCACAUAACUUUUAUGAUUAGACCGACCUGCGACAAGGUUAAAAGAAUUAUUAAUCACGUUCAAGGCCUUAUUGCCAAAGGAAAGAAUCACAUUUAUACACUUGUAUGUGUACCUAGAAGAUUACACGUAUGUAUGACAAUUUUGGAGGAGGAGGGACUACAUGACGUCAUAAAAUUAGAUGAUUUUGCCAUUGAUUGCGUUCCAUUAGACACAGAUUUGGUCUCCUUAGAGAUUUCUGAUUGCUUUUCAUCAUUAUUUUUAGAUAAAGAUAAAAAAUAUCUAUACGACGUCGCACAUUCCUUGCACACCUUGUAUUGCUGCUUCGGAAAGUUUGUCAAUUACUACACAGUUGGCGAAAAUGCUCUUGCUGCCUAUGAAUUAUUUGACAAGCUUCUAGUUUGUAACGGUGAUAUAUCGCAUUCCCGAGAAGAUGUAUACCAUGUACUUCUUGUAGAUAGAAAUGUCGAUCUUAUUUCGCCUUUAUUAUCUUCACAAGUUUAUCCCGCACUAGCCGCCGAUAUCUUUGAUAUAAAAUGCAGUCAAAUUGAACUUUCGCAACAACAGGUUGUUAGCUUUGACAACACUGACCCAUUUUAUCAACAAAAAUUUAGAGAUGCUUUAUAUCCAAAAGCACAAACAAUACUUAAAGAAUUAUUAAUUACCUUAAAAGAUAAAAAGGAUGAAAGUAAAACAUUGAGAAACGUUGCGGAUAUGAAAAAUUUCGUUUCAACGGAACUAAAAGGAGCGAUGGAUAUGAAAAAUUCGGUUGCCAAACAUUUAAAAAUAUGCGAAUUGAUUAAAUCAAAGAAAUAUGACCCUCUACAAAAUAAUAUUGAAUUUAUUCAAACAAUGGAGCAAAAGAUGCUUUUGGGAAUAGAUUAUAAAGAAACUGCAACGUUUGUUGAAGAAUUUAUCGUUCAACAAUCCGAUCCUAGUCAUGCUUUACGCUUAUUAUCCUUAUUAAAUUUAACUCAAGAUUGUAUUCCUCGCUCUAAAAUGGAAGAAUACUUUAAAUAUUUCUUACAAGCUUAUGGUUUUCAAUAUUUAACUUGGUUGCACAAUGCUAAAAAGGCAUCAUUCUUGGGAGAUUCCGAUCAAAGCUUUCAAACCAGACCUACUUUCAAGACUUUUUCCGGCAAAAAGUGUCCUCUUGUAAAUAAAGCCGGCACUGCAGAGAGUAGUAAUAUUGAAGAUAAUUUCGCUCCAAAUUACGUGUAUGGCGGGUACUAUACGCCUCUGGUAGCUCACUUAGUUGACAAACUAAUACUGAAUAGGCCUGAAACUAAACAGAUAUAUGAUGACUACGGUAAAAUGCUAAAUGUUCCCGUAAAAUUUUUUACUAAAGGGGAAUCUGCUCGAGGUGGAAAUCGAAAACCGAUGUAUACUAAAACGAUACUCGUCUAUUUCAUUGGAGGCUGUACGAGAGCAGAGCUCUCAGCCCUAAGGACUUAUGCAAGACCUUCUAAAAAUUAUAGACUCAUUUUUGCAACAACCGAAAUGCUUAAUAGCGUUUCAUUAAUAGAUUCAGUAAAAUGUACAUAAACUAACUACUCAAUUAUCAUUAAUAUUCCAGUAACUUUUUACAUAAUGCUUGCUUCUUUACAUUUUUGUUGAUUUAUAUUUGUUAAUUAUCGA